UUCGAAGGUCUCGUUCUGCAGGAGAGAGGCUGCUCUCUUUCCUGUGAGAGCAGGGUGUUAUGUGAGAACGUAAACGUGUGAGGCUGAGGGAAAUCCAGAGAAGGUGUAUCUGGUACAAAGAGCCUCUUCUCCUUAUCGAGCUCUGCGUAGUAAAUUGCUAUGCCGAGAUGUAUAAUUGAGCACUGUCAGUAUUCUCUAAAAUACCACAUAUAGUCUUCAACUGUGCCAUGGGAGGUUUAGGCUGGACAUUAGGCAGAAUUUCUUCACAGAAGGGGUAAUUAGACGUUGGAAUGGGCUGCCCGGGGAGGUGGUGCAGUCAUGGUCCCUGGAGGUGUUUAAGGAAAGCCUGGAGGUGGCACUUGGUGCCAUGGUCUAGUCAACACGGUGGUGUUCGGUCGUAAGGUUAGACUCGAUGAUCUCAGAGGUCUUUUCCAACCUAAUUGAUUCUGUGAUUCUGCGAAGGUGCUACUGUGUUGCCAGUAAUCCAGGGGUUGCUGUCAAGUGAAGGAUCUGGUCCCAAUUCCGCAGGCUCAUGUGGAUCUGUUCAGAUUCACAUAGAAAUGGAAGGGAGGUGAAAAAACACAGGUGGAUUUUGAAAAACAUAAGCUUGAUACAGCUUAAAUACCACAGUAUGGAAAAAGUACUAAUAGUUGUGGCCAUCUGCACAAAGCACAUAACUGUAUGUUUAACUCUUCAUUUAUUUUUCCUUCCUGCAAAAGAUGGAUUUCUGUACAAAAUCAGACACAGAUAAUACAGGUAGGGCAUGUUUGAGACAUACAGUUGAAACCCCAUAUUUUCAAUUCCUGCAAAUGGAAGAGCAAUCUUCAUAUAAAACGUUUAAGAUUUUUAAAACCUUCACUGAGUACUCCUUCUGAAGCUCUGAGGCAAGUUUGCCAAAUCUGGGGCUGCAUCAUCGUUCUGCACAUCUGGAAGUGGUUUAUGGGCUCUCAUUCCUCCAGUGCAGCGUCUGGACUCCGUGCUAUUCCUCAGCAGCAGAGAAAGAAAAGAAAACCAGCACAACUCCAAAGUAAACUUUGAAGAGUCUGAAAAAGGAAUUGAAUCGUAAAACUGUUACUGUGCCCUGUAAGGCCCUUGUGCGGGUGACUUCAAAGGAGGAUGGUGGUCAAGGAGGCUUUGGCAAGAGUGCUCACAGCUGUGGGCUAUCUAGGAUCCAAGUAAAUAGCUCCUCAGCGCUUCAGAAGAGAGGAGUCCCGAAUACUGUGCUGCUUUGAAGAGAUCACAGUUCUCAUCCAACACGACAAUGGCUCUUUUAAAGAAAAUUAACCAGAUCUUACUGUUACUUCUUGUCUUAACUGUGUGUGCCAUUCUCUAUAACAAAGUUCACCAAGUGCCAGCAGUGUUAAAAAAUGAAACAGUUGAUUUGGAGAGUCCUGAGGAAAUGGAAGAAGAAAUCCCAGUGGUGAUCUGCGCUGCUGCGGGCAGGAUGGGUGCAGCUGUAGCAGCCAUCAGUAGCAUCCACAGCAACACAGAGGCCAGUGUUUUGUUCUACAUAGUUGGGCUGAAGACAACCAUCCCACACAUUCGAAAAUGGAUUGAAAAUUCUAAACUGAAAGAAAUAAAGUUUAAGGUUGUAGAAUUCAACCCUAUGGUACUAAAAGGAAAAAUCAGACAAGAUGCAUCACGUCCUGAGCUACUGCAGCCUCUGAACUUUGUUCGAUUUUAUCUUCCUUUGCUUAUCCAGAAACAUGAGAAAGUAAUAUAUUUGGAUGAUGAUGUUAUUGUUCAAGGUGACAUCCAGGAACUCUAUGAUACUAAGUUGGCUCCUGGACAUGCUGCAGCUUUUUCAGAUGAUUGUGAUCUGCCUUCUACACAUGAAAUGAUUAGAAGUGUAGGGAUGCAGAACACAUACAUGGGAUUCCUGGACUACAGAAAGCAAGCCAUCAGAGAUCUUGGCAUCAGCCCCAGCACCUGUUCCUUUAAUCCUGGAGUAAUUGUUGCUAACAUGACUGAAUGGAAACAUCAGCGGAUUACGAAGCAGUUGGAAAAGUGGAUGCAAAGAAAUGUAGAGGAAAACCUCUACAGCAGCACCCUUGGGGGAGGCGUGGCAACCUCUCCAAUGCUGAUUGUAUUUCAUGGAAAGUAUUCCUCUAUUAAUCCUAUGUGGCACAUAAGGCAUCUUGGUUGGAGUCCUGAUGCCCGUUACUCAGAGCAAUUUCUUCAAGAAGCUAAAUUACUUCACUGGAAUGGGAGAUACAAACCUUGGGACUAUCCCAGUGUCCACACUGAUCUGUGGGAAAACUGGUUUAUUCCUGACCCUUCAGGGAAGUUCAAAUUAACCCGUCCUGAUAGCUGAUACUGAAACAACUUAAAUACUGCCAAACAUAGUGUAUUGGAUGCAUGUAAUAGUUUGAGACGCAGCAUACGAGGAAUAUAAUUAACUGAUUCUAGAAAACGAAGUAUUUGUUAAAUAUAUGAAUAACUGACCAUCACUUUUGUGUGCUUAGGGCUUGAGAGGGAGGCUGGAGUAACCAUUACAUGGUUCAGAUUAUCCUGACUUUCAUGUGAGGUGAGGAACUAGGUUUACUUGACAGUGAAGUAUUUUCAUUAUACAUUUACAGAGGUAAAACUCGGUGCCAGACAGUGUACUUUAAUUUAACGUCUUUAUAAAUAAGACUCCAAUGUCUUCUGGUAGAAAGACCUACCCAGCAGAUACCUGCAGUAUUACACACAAGGUGUCCUUAGUUGUCUGGCCCACAUUGAAGAGCAUGAAAUGAGAUCUUAGGCAUAUGUUACUGAGUAGAGUUGUGUUGAGUGGUGACUCUGUUUUGAGGCGUUUCUGUGUAUGACACAUCCUGUAGUGCACUUAGACCUUUGCUAGCAACAUGUGAAAGCACAUUCCAAGACACUGCAGUACAAUUCCUGAUUUUAUUGUGAAACAUGGAUAGAUUUAAGACAGAUUAAGAACUUCUGUAUUACUGUAACAAAAAGAGCACCAGUUCUGAGGGAGGACACAUAGAAUUGCAGUAUUUAGUGAAACGGUCAUUGUAGACUUAACUGUAUUUUGUAUCCAGUGACUCCUUUAAAGAAGACACCUUUCCCUUCCACUCAAAGAGGAUAGCCUUUCAGGAGUUAAAUCCUACUGUGCUACAUACUCAGCAGUGCUAAUUCCAUGCUUCCAAUUUUGUUGAAAAUAAAAUAAUUGAAUUGUAACAAAUCCCUGAUGCAAGAUACUUUGAGCACCUGCAGGAAAACACCCAUGUAAACAGCAAUACAUGAUACAGUACACUUUAAAUAACAGACAAGUCCUAUACCUUU